AUGAGUGGGAAUCCUAAGACCGAUGGAGACAGAUUAAGUUUCAUUCCAGAACCGACCGUCGCGGAAACCUAUGAAAUGAUACCACACAAUUCAAAGAGUAAAGAAUCAAGUUCGAAAUAUGACCAGUUAUUUCCUGAGAUUGAGGAGGUCUUGGGUCCGAGUCCGACCUUCAGACCUUGUACCCUCGUCUGGAGGGACCUCACAGUCCACACCAAGCUAAAGGAUGGAAAACUGAAGAGGCUUGUCAACAAUGUCAGUGGGAUCGCAAAACCGGGCACAAUGACUGCGUUAAUGGGACCGAGUGGAGCUGGCAAAACCACAUUGAUGUCGGCGCUAGCACACCGAAGUCCGGUGGGUACGGUAGUCGAUGGUGAUGUCGCCAUGAAUGGGACGCCACUGGGAGAGUUCAUGCACCAGGAAAGCGGAUACAUGCAUCAAGAUGACCUGUUUGUGGACAAUCUGACUGUUAUGGAACAUCUUACUAUCAUGGCCAGGCUCCGCAUGGACGCACGCACAUCAUCCUUGGCUCGCAAGAGACGAGUGAACCAGCUUCUGCGUCAGCUUUCACUGUACGGGUCCAGGUUCACGCUGAUUGGAGGUCUGGAUGGAAGAAAGACCUUGUCUGGUGGGGAGAGGAAGAGGCUAGCCUUCGCCACAGAACUUCUAACAGACCCUGGACUUCUCUUCUGCGAUGAACCAACGACGGGUCUGGAUUCCUCUUCAGCACACCAAAUGAUGACCCUCCUUCGAGCCAGUGCUGUCCAGGGCAAGACCGUCAUCUGUACCAUUCAUCAGCCAAAUACGGAGCUGAUGGCACAGUUUGAUAAGCUGGUCCUUCUAGCUGAAGGACGAGUGGCGUUUGCUGGUACAGCUACACAGGCCUUAGGUUUCUUUAAAAGUCUCGGCUACCAAUGCCCCCUCAUGUACAACCCUACAGACUACUUCAUCAAAGUGCUGUCUCUAACUCCUGGUUCAGAGUCAGCUUCACGCCAAGCUAUCAAAAAUGUCUGCGAUAGAUUCGCAGUCAGCGACGAAGCCAAAGAACUUGACAUGGAAAUACAAUAUGAAUUCCACAUGAUGGAUAACGAAGAUUCUACACGAUCCUUUGCUGUAGAACCUCAUGAUACCUUCGUAGCCCCAUUCUUCCUCACCAAGUUGUGGUGGUUAAUAUAUAGAUACCUACUAAUUGUAAUCAGAGAUCCCCGAGUGCAAUUCGUGAGGAUACUACAGAAAUUGGCUAUAGCCCUAACAGCAGGUAUGUGCUUCAUGGGCACUGCCCGGCUGACCCAGUCUGGUAUCCAAGAUGUCCAGGGUGCCCUCUUCAUCAUCAUAGCAGAAAAUACCUUCAGCCCCAUGUACUCAGUCCUCCACAUGUUUCCCGAAGAGUUCCCGCUACUCAACAGGGAGCUGAAGGCUGGAUUGUACUCAGCGCCUGUUUAUUAUACUGCGAGGAUGGUGGCAUUGUUGCCAGGCUUGCUGGUAGAACCGACCCUGUUCACGCUGGUGGUGUACUGGAUUGCAGGACUACGGGGAUCCCUGUACGCGUUCAGCUUCACCGUCUUCUUGGCGAUACUAGUGCUGAAUGUGGCCAUCGCUUGCGAGUAG